AUCGCAACACCCGCAGCUCCCACACCCACAAUGGCCUCCAAGCUGGUACCGUUCAUGUAUCGCAGCGGGCCCCGCGCCUUGCGCCAGCUCCAGCGGACCCAAUGGCGGGCCUUCAGCGUCACAGCCCCCGCGCGCAGCGACUCCCUGAUGGUGCACCGCGACACGCCCGAGAACAACCCGUCCAUCCCGUUCAAGUUCACCGCGCAGAAUGAGGAGCUCAUCAAGGAGAUUGUCUCCCGGUACCCCUCGCAGUACAAGAAGGCGGCCGUCAUGCCGCUGCUCGACCUCGGCCAGCGCCAGCACGGCUUCACCAGCAUCAGCGUCAUGAACGAGGUGGCCCGGAUACUCGAAAUGCCGCCCAUGCGCGUCUACGAGGUCGCCACCUUCUACACAAUGUACAACCGCACGCCCGUCGGCAAGUUCCACGUCCAGGUCUGCACAACGACCCCCUGCAUGCUGUGCAACAGCGACGCCGUGAUGAAGGCGGUGGAAGACACGCUGGGCAUCCACCACGGACAGACCACCAAGGACGGCCUUUUCACCUUCACCGAGGUCGAGUGCCUCGGCGCCUGCGCCAACGCCCCCAUGGUCCAGAUCAACGAUGACUACUACGAGGACCUCACAUACGAAUCCACCACCUCGCUGCUCAAGGCGCUGCAGAACGCUGCCGAGAAGACCGGCGCACAGCCCGGAACCCCGGGUCUCGCGGGCGACGGAUACUCGAUCAUCACCGGCGAGAACAGGAAUGUGGAGGACAGGUCGAGCAUUGACCAGGGACGGGGAUACGAGGCUGGCGGUGUGAAGGUGCCGACGCCGGGACCGUUGAGCGGGAGGGCGAGCUGUGAGCCUGCGGGCGGUCUGACGUCGUUGACGAGCGAGCCGUGGGGUAACGAGACGCUGCGGAAGGACGGAGAGCUAUGAACUGUAAAUAUUUGAGGUUCUAGCUAUGUUCGGAUGUACGUCCAGAGUUGGGCUGAUAGUUGCCAGCAUUUGUAGAACACGUCAACAACAAUUUCUUUUGACC